GCUCAGGUAUUCUGCCGGUGAUUUGAGUCAACACAGACCAUCAGGAGAAGAAGAGGAAGAGAGAGAGGAAGAAGAAGAAGAUCUGAAUGUUUUAAUAUAAUCUCCUCAGUUUGGUUUUCAGUAGAGAUGGACUCAGGAAGCAAAAUCCAGAUCCUGGUUUCCCCAGAAUUCGAACUGGAGAUUUUAAUUAAUCCCCUUAACAUGGAGGGACAGCAAUGUCUCCAAGGUUGCACUGAGACAUGGAGUUGAGUGGGGAUUGUUGAGAUAAGCUAGCUGCCAUGGUUCAAUAUUAAACUUGUUCUCACCUCCCCAAAGGGACACAGAUCUGAGGUUUUCAUGGAGAGAGGGCCUGCAAGCAUGUUUCAAUCUGGAAUUGAGGAGGUUCAAAACCAAGCAAAUGUUUUGACAUGUUCCAGGAAUCAGGACAUUGGGUUCUGGCUGAUCUGCUGACGUAAAGUAGCCAGAAAACACCUAAAUCAAUUCCACACUUAAUUUCUAUAACUAGAGUGGAACAGUCAGAAUAUACCAGUGAGACUUGCCCAUGGUCCUAGAAACCAAACUCGGCUAAGAUAUUCAUGAGGAACUAGUGAUUUGGGGAUCCCAACCUUAAAUACCUUAAAAGUGCUUGAUUUCCAGAGGCCAAGUCCCCAGAACUUUCAGAAAAUCCAGUAUCUAUCUAUCACAUUUACACAAAUGCAUGUUUAUUUCAGAAGUGCUCCACAGAGGUCCAGCUUUUUAUAGAUAUAAAUUGCCCCUUAAAUGAAUUACUCAGCUUAAUCUGAGGAAUAUCUGCAUCAGAACUCUUGCAGCCUUCAUCAGCCCCUUCUUCUUUCUUCAUUACAAAGAAAGUUUGGAGAGUUUGCGGGCUGGAGAAAAUCACUCUUGGCAAGUUAAAUUUUACCAUGCCAGAAGCCAAUUCUACACUUAAUGAGCCCCAAGAGGUCCACUUUACAGUCUCAACUUCCUGAGAAGUUAGCUGUUUUCAUUUCAUUUAGAACAAUCAUUUCUCCAUGAGAUGUACUAGCUGAUAUAUAUCCUCCAGUGUUCCAGGUGUUUUUCUUUUCUGGGACAGAAUAAGGAGCAAGCUGAAUAAAGUCAGCUACUGAAAAUAUUCCCAGUUUAUUUUGUUAAGAGUUUUAGUGAGAUGCCUGUUUCUGAACAAUAUUUGAAGAUGAGUCUCCCACCAGCAAGGAUUCCUAGGUUAUCAGUUUAUUUAUUUAUUUAUUUUGUGUGUGUGUGAAAUAGAUCAUUUUAUUUAAUGUAUCUAUUUAUUUUAUGUGUGUGUUUGUGGUGUGUGUGUGUGAAAUAGAUCAUAGGUUUUUUAGCAGGUAGGACUUGUGUUUGGAAAAUAUAUCUCAGUUAGAGUGUGCAUAUGUUCAAAGCUAAAUUAUCAAUAAUAAUAUGUUCCACGUGUUACAUUGUGAUUUCCCUUUUAUAUAUUAGAUUGUUGUUAGGAAUGUAGGAUGACAGAUUAUUUCCUCAGUUAUCCGUCGACAUCUGAAAGUGAUGAGAACAUGAAUGGUACCAUCACUGAAUCUGUCUUUGUACCUCUCUAUGCACAUCUAUCUAUCUAUCUAUCUAUCUAUCUAUCUAUCUAUCUAACAGCAAUGGUACAUUUUUAUUAUACCAGAUGAUGGAACCUGACCUGGUCAUUCCUAUGGAAAUAUCUACUCUUUUAAAAUUAAGGGAAAAAAUAUACACUCAUCAUCUUACAGACAUGCUCAUUGUACAUCUUUGGAAGGUCCUGGCUGAGGGAAUGUCAGCCAUGGCUGGGAAGAAGAAUGACUGAUGAGAGAAACCAUAUUGAACACAGCUUGUACCUUGCUAGAUUAAGUUUUAGACUUUUAGAUGCAUGUUUUCACUUUUAUUUACUGGUAACCCUUUCUAACUUUAUCUCUUAUUCUUGAAUUCACUUAAAAUUCCAUCUUCCUUUGUUGACGAACUUGAUUCACUGUUACUAUAAACCAACUCAGAGCCGUGUUUAAAUAGAAGGGUGCAUUUACCCCAGUUAUGUUAAUAAGCUGUGAUGUGCUUUUGUGUCUUUAGUGGAACAAACACACCUUAUUAUUUCUCCAAAUGGCUCAGGAGGGCCGGGCACUUCAGGGCAUGUGAUUCUGGGAAAAUUCAGGCCUGAGGUCACGUCGCCGGGUGUAAUCGUGGUUGGUGGAAGCUGCAGUGGGGCUGUAACUAGGGAGGUCUAAGCGCAGACACUCGUGGUGUGACCUACAUACUGAUAGGCUGGUUGUGAGCAUCCCAGGCUGGGAGCUACAGCAGCAAAUCAUCGUGAGGCAUCCAGGUGGCAGGGCAACAAGGUAUGGUGCUGGCCAACCAGAGCACCGUGAAAGAAUUUGUCCUGCUGGGGUUCCCUCACCUGCAUCACCUGGGCUUCCUGCUCUUCCUGGUGCACCUGAUGAUUUACCUCCUGACGCUUGCUGGGAAUGUGGUGGUCAUUGCCAUCACCUGGGCUGACCACCGCCUCCACACCCCCAUGUACUUCUUCCUCAGGAGCUUCUCCUUCCUUGAGAUCUGUUUCACCAGCGUCAUUGUCCCCAAGAUGCUGGCCAAUUUCGUGUCAGAGGACAAGACCAUCUCCUUCGCCGGCUGCAUCGCCCAGGCUUUCUUCUACCUCUCCCUGGGAGUCUCUGAGUUCCUUCUCUUGGCAGCUAUGUCUGUGGACCGCUACGUGGCCAUUUGUUACCCGCUGCGCUACAUGGCCAUCAUGAAUGGCAGAGUCUGCACCUUCAUGGUGCUUACAUCUUGGUUUGGUGGCUUCUUCUUCAUUAUUGGCCUCAUCAUGUUGAUCUCUCGGCUCUCCUUCUGCGGCCCCAACGUCCUCAACCAUUUCUUCUGUGACCUGGGGCCCCUUGUCAGCCUCUCCUGCUCCAACACACACCUGGUGGAAUCAAUGGACUUCCUGGUAGCAGCUGUUGUUUUGCUGGGUUCUUUGGCCAUCACUGUGCUCUCCUAUUCCUACAUUGUUGCUACCGUCAUCCGCAUCCCCUCAGCCAAAGAGCGACGUAAGGCCUUCUCCACCUGCUCCUCGCACAUCAUCGUCCUGAGCAUCUUCUAUGGCAGCUGCAUCUUCAUGUAUGUCCGUCCGAAGCAGCGUGAUGGACUGGAUAUCACCAAAGGGGUGGCCAUCGUCAACACAGUCAUCACUCCCAUGCUCAAUCCCUUCAUCUACUCGCUGAGGAACAAACAGGUCAUACAGGUCUUGAAGGACACUCUGUGCUGGAAAAAAUAGAUAGUGCUGCAUAUGAGGAAAAUAAUGAUUCUGGAGGGUUGGAAGGGGGGUUAAUUAAUACACUAAAAUGUACUCAAAGUCUUUGAGAUGCAUGGGAGAUUAGGGAAGUGCUUAAUUAAUAAACUGAAAUGUGCUCCAGUUUUUGAUAUGCACUGGAUUCCAGGGAGGACUUAAUUAAUACACCGAAGUUCAGCCAGAAUUUCUGGAUGUAUCUGAGGGUAGUCAUGGCUUCCAACUCCCAGCCAAGUUAGAGAAAGUUGGAGGAACAGGUCUACAGCAGGUGCCCACAAAUUCAGCUUGAAUUCUUCUGAAGGAUUAGGGGUGCUUCCCUUUGCUAUAAUGCAGCCUGCUCUUGGUCCUUGCCUUCCACCUGGUCAGCUCUGCUCCACUGGUCACUGGUGAAGAAUAAGAUAGAGCCACCAAGAAGCCCUCAACACCUGCACCCAACCCUGCAUCUUCAUUUGAGAUGGCCUGGGUGACCACCAGAGAUUGCAUAGCUCUGAUCCCGUGCAACCCAGCGCACCAUUCAAUUGGUGCUAAUGGGUGAAGGAAAAACAACUCACUAAUGAAAUAUGUGGAAUCUUUAACCUUGUUUUUUAUCCUGCUUUUGCUAAUAUAGUCCAGGUGUCCAGAACAUAAGAAUGGGAAUAAUGGGUUAGACUACAGGUCCAUCUAGCCCAGUAUCCUGUCUUCCAAUAGCAGCCAAUGCCAGGUGCUUCAGAGGGAAUGAACAGAACAGGUAAUCAUCAAGUUAAAAGAUCCCUCAACUAAUGCAAGUGUUUACAGAAGUAUGUUAUAAAGAAAACUGGGUGAUUAAUGAGGGAUAUUUGUUAUUGCAGAUGAGUUCUGUUGUUACCCAGGGUUCUUUCAACCCAAAGCUCUUGGUAACUUUACUCUGUGUGAGGAGGUGUCAGGAAAUAAAUCAGGGGAGACACGGCCGUCCGACUGAUAGAUGGCUGGCACAAACAGGACAAAACAAGAGUGCUUUCACUUAAAGCUAAACUUUACUAGUCUCAAGCACUUACACACGUCUGCAGCAAGUUAGUAAAACACCCCCAACCCUUGAUAAUUACCAAAGCUGAGUGUGGCUUUCGUGUGACACAGCGGCAGCCCGUCUGCCGCUGGAGAACACAAGAUGCAUCCAGAGAGAGAGGCCAGUCCCGAAACGAGUCCCACCUGUCUCAAGCUUUUCCCCCUUAUUUAUACAUUAGUAAUUAAAGAAACCUUGUUAAGUAAGCAGUUUCAAGCAAGUGGUUCCUUCUGAUUAUCUAUUAACCAGGUGUGGGUCUUUCCAGAACUUGCAGCCUUGAGACCUCAAUAGACAUUCUUGAGGGUACAUCCUGCUCUUUUCAAAUGCAUGUAUCAGCAAUUUUAAUACAAUUCUUAUCAGGGAGGACGUGGGAUCAAGCUGCCCUUUCGGUGGCACCCUAAAUCCCCCUCCCCUCCUGCCUUGGUCAAGCUGAGACUUGCUUUUAACAGCUUGCUGACUAGGCUGUCUUUAGCAAUAACCAAAAUAGCGGUUUCAGGCACUUUACUGGUUUGCCAAAGUCUCCCCGUACACUGUCAUGGAGGAAAUAAUGAUCCAUUGAAAGAUGUUUUAACUAAUUGAGAACUGUGAGUUGUCACAAUGUUUGUGAUAAUGACUGGGUUAGAGAUUCCUUUCCACUCACCAGUCAGCUAAACUGAGAAUUAUAAAAGAAAUUCCUUCACCAAUUAGAAAAACAGAACAGAUGGUAAAAUUUUUCCCUCCAAAAGGAAGUUUCUUUGUCUCACAUGGUAUAAAAGACAGAGGGCUUGAAAAUUGGUCUGGGUAGUGCAAAAUGCUGCAUCUCACCAGUUACAGAGGAGAGAGAGAGACAUGGAGGCCAGUUACAUCAAUGGGGGCAAUGCUCUAUUCUGUAUAGCACUAUGCUAAUCUCUGAUGGAUAAUCUUUGAUUAAAUAAUUUCAUUUGACCCUG